UAGAGUGAUGUUUCCAAGCUGUAAGGUAAGGUAUGAGGUUUACCCCUUCUACGGUAGUGUAUCCUCUGCACCACCGCCUACAUCCUCUGCACCACCGCUUCCGGCAAACUCUCCUGGUGGUCCUCCUUCUAGUUCCACUAAAGGCAAAGGGCGAAGCCUCCUACGAGCAGCUUUUCGGAUUGCUGUCCCACUAAUCAUUGUUGCAGUUAUGCUAUUUGUGAUGUCUUUUGUUUUCCUGAAAAGAAGAUUGAGGAAGAGAUAUCUAACAUUAAAUCGAGUAUAUUUGCUUAUUACAGGUGUAGAUGGAGUUGCUGAUAUCUUAACGGCCGAAUCCUUACAGUAUAGCUUAACUGAAAUUCAAAUUGUCACAAAUAACUUCUCUGUGGAUAACAAAAUUGGCGAAGGUGGAUUUGGCCGUGUAUACAAGGGUGUACUUGGUAAUGGACAAGAAGUAGCUGUUAAGAGGCUGUCAAGAAGCUCAGGGCAAGGUGCAGAAGAAUUUAAAAAUGAAAUUGUAGUAGUUGCAAAGCUUCAACAUAGAAAUCUAGUUCGACUGUUGGGAUUUUGCCUGGAAGGAGAAGAAAAGAUACUCAUCUAUGAAUUUGUUCCCAACAAAAGCCUUGACUACUUUCUCUUUGAUUCAGAAAAUAAACGAUCAUUGAAUUGGGCAAGACGUUACAAUAUCAUUGGAGGUAUAGCAAGAGGACUUCUUUAUCUGCAUGAGGAUUCUCGCCUUAGAAUUGUUCAUCGUGAUCUCAAAGCAGGCAAUAUAUUAUUGGAUGGAAAUAUGAGCCCAAAGAUAGCAGAUUUUGGCAUGGCAAGGAUUUGUGGAGUUGAUCAAUCUGAAGGAAAUACAAAUAGAAUUGCUGGGACAUUUGGUUACAUGGCUCCUGAAUACACAAGGAGGGGCCAGUUCUCGGUAAAGUCAGAUGUAUUCAGUUUUGGGGUUGUAAUUUUGGAAAUUAUCACCGGAAAAAAGAACAGCACCUUCUCCCAAUCUGAAGAUUCCGAAGACCUCGUAAGCUAUGUUUGGGAGCAUUGGAGACGUGGCGAAGCUUUAGCUCUUUUGGAUGCAAGCAUUGGAGAUUCUUAUGCCCAAAAUGAAGUCAUUCAAUGUGUCCAAGUUGGCUUACUGUGUGUUGAAGAAGAUGUCAGUAGAAGACCUAUAAUGGCUUCCGUGGUCUACAUGCUGAAUAGUAAUUCUGUUAUCCUGCCAACUCCACAUCGUCCAGCAUUCUUCCGGAGCAAUAGAUCAGAGAGCAGGGUGGAAGAGCUGGGAGUUAAUCAAUCUAAUAUCGAAAGAAUUUUAACUCAAAGUUCUGUAAAUGAGGCAUCAAUUACUGAACUAUAUCCUAGAUAAAGGAAAAAAACAAAGGCAGUACUAGAAGAAAACAUCAAGUGCAUCAUCAGUACCACAAUGUAUUUCUGGUAGCAUGACUCAUUUACCAGGAAGGUAUCUAAAGUUUCUCCACUAGUGUUGAAAAUUAGCUUCUUCACUCUGAUUGACUU